AUGGAAAUUGUCACUUCCGUUGGUGGGAAGCUAGCUGACAAUGUGUUUGCAGCUGCCGGUGAUCAACUUGUUUAUUUGUUUCAGUACAAUGACAACAUUCAAAAAUUGAAAAAGCAAGUUGAGAAGCUGAGGGAUAGCAGAGACAUGGUGCAAAAGAAAAUCGAGUCUGCUGAAAGAAAUGGAGAGAUCAUCCUUGAUGUUGUUCAAAAGUGGUUAGCUGAAGUUGAUGACGUUUCUGCAAAAGCUGAAAAGUUUUUGGAAGAUGAAGGCAAAGCCAACACGAGGUGCCCCAUAGAGUGGUGCAUUCAACGUUGUCGAUUUAGUAAGGAGGCAAAAAAGCAUACUUUGACGAUUUUUCAUCAACUUCAAGAUUUAGGAAAGUUCGAGAGUGUGUCAUAUCCUGCUCCUCCAUCUGGAAUUACAUUGUCAUCUCAGGUAAUUAAUUCUAGCACAUUCAAAUCUAGAAAUUCUAUUAAGAAGGAAGUUAUGAAGGCCUUAAUUGAUGAUAAAAAUGUCAGCAAAAUUGGAAUAUGUGGUAUGGGGGGUAUCGGUAAAACCACACUAGUUAAAGAAAUCAGCCACCAUGUAAAAGAAGCCAAGGAGUAUGAUGUUGUCGCGAUGGCUGUUGUCUCUCACACCUCUAAUAUAAUGAAUAUUCAAGGUGAGAUUGCUGAAAUGUUGGGUUUAAAUUUUCUUCCGACUCAUUCUAAAUUAGCAAGAGCAGGUUCAUUAUGGGAGAGAAUAAAAAAAGAGAAGCGAGUCCUUAUAAUCUUAGACGAUGUUUGGGAGAUAAUUACAUUGGAUGAGAUCGGUAUUCCUUUUGGGAAUGACCAUAGAGGAUGUAAAAUUUUGAUCACCUCUCGAAGCAAAGAUGUAUGUAAUGGAAUGGAGUGCCAAAAGAUAUACACAGUUGAAACUUUAUCUAAACAAGAAUCCUGGGAACUUUUUAGUAAGAUUGCAGGCUCGAUUGUUGAAAAUUAUGAUAUUCAUCCAAUUGCAAGAGAGGUAAAUACUAAAUGUGGGGGAUUGCCACUUGCAAUUGUGACAAUAGCGCGAGCCUUAAGAGGCAAGAACAAGCAUAUGUGGAGCAACGCAACACAACAACUUAAAAUAUCUACCCCUUUAAGCAUCCCAGAGUUGGGGAAAAAUGUUAUUUCAUCUCUGGAACUAAGCUUCAAUUACCUAGAAAACGAAACAAAAUCACUUUUUCUGUUUUGUAGCUUAUUUCCAGAGGAUUACAAAAUUUCUGUUGAAGAUUUGGUCAGAUAUUGGGCAGGUUUGAAGUGGUUUGAAGAUACCCAUGAGGCAAUUGAGGUCGUCAGAAACAGAGUUCAUGCUAUUAUAAGUAUUAAGUACUAUAACCUCUUCUUUUCUCUUGAUUGA